AUGCCGUCUGCCUUCUCAGUGAGCACUUUCCCUGUCAGCAUUCCCGCUGUGAUCACGCAGACAGACUGGACUGAGCCAUGGCUAAUAGGACUCGCUAUCUUCCAUGUCCUCUGCCUGCUUCUCACUUGUUUCUCAUUCCAAAGGUACAAACUUCAGAUAGGGCAUUUCCUAUGCCUAGUAAUUUUAGUCUGUUGUGCUGAAUAUAUUAAUGAAGUAGCUGCAAUGAACUGGAGGUUAUUUUCAAAAUAUCAAUAUUUUGAUUCAAAGGGAAUGUUCAUAUCUAUAGUAUUUUCAACACCACUGUUGUUCAAUGCCAUGAUCAUCGUGAUUAUGUGGAUACAAAAGACUUUAAAUGUAAUGACUGACCUGAAGAAUUUACAAGAGAAAAGAAAAGAAAAGAAAAGGAGAAGAAAAGAAGAAUAA